AAGCCACAAUCUAAAAAAUAAUUUGAUAUAAAUCACAGAAUAUAUAUAAAUGUAUCCCGUUGCUAAAAUAUAAAAAGUAAAAAAAAGUGUAGAGGUGAAAAGUUUGAAAGUAAUUUAUAAUCAGUUAUACGAAUUUUAACUACACCACCACUGUAGUAAUCUUCUGUAAAACAAUGCGAGGGCACACUCCCGGCAAAUCGUCCGUGUCGGGUUCAGAGGCGUCGGAGGCAGAAAGCGUACCAGAGGAGCGACGUUACCGUGUGUGCGUAUGCCUGCAGCGGUUCUUCAGCGACGAGCGCGCACGCUGCUACGUGUGGGUGAGCAGCUCGCGACGCGUGAGCUGGCUGGCGCGGCGGCUGCGGCGCAUGUUCGCGCUGCCUUCCUCGCUGGCGCUGCUGUCGCGCGGACACCUGCUGCCGCCCGACGAGCCUCUCGCACUGCUCGCACCUGACGAUCCCGUUCAGGUCGUUCGGAUUGCCGAAGAUCGAUACGUUGAUGAGGCAGACUCGGGCGGCGGCGACGAACUCGACUCCACGACAGAGCCCGCGCCAGUGAAGCGACCGCGGCGCGCGGCUCCGCCCCACGAGCCCGUCUCGAGCGCCGCGUCCGAUUCCCUGCUCGAGAUGAAGCGGCGCGCCCUGCGCUUGCUUGACGACGUAUCGGUCGUCGCCGCGGCACCAUCGGCGCCGCCUGCUCCGCCUGUCGCCUCGCCGCCGCCCUCGGAGCCGCGCGCUCGGCGCCGGCGCGUGCGCAGGAGACGCGCGCCCCGCCCCGCGUCGCCGCAGUCGCCGCCGGUCUGCCGGAACGCGGGCGCGGAGACGCGCGAGCCCCGCGCGGUGCGGGCGCUGGAUGUGGACGAGCGAUGACAUUGCGACUCAAUAAUUUAUUGUGUGUAACGUUUCUGUGAUCGUCGCCCCAAAAGAUGAUAUUAAAAUGGGGCGCCACUAGUGCAUUGGUAAUAUUUUGGAAGAUUCGAUCCAUCUGAAUAAAAAUAGCGUAGUAACAAGUCUGUCGCAACACGAAGAGGUUCGACUUCAAUGCCCCUGUUAAUGGAUGUAACAUAAGGAAACAAUUGAAAUGGAGGAUAUGGAAAAAAUAAUAUUAUGUUUUCUAAAAAAUAUUGUACCUAUAUAUUAUAUCUAAUAAUAAGUAUCAAAACAAUUACAUGUUUCAGUUAAAA